AUGGCAACUGGAACCUCUGCCACCAUGGCCCGGUUGGACAAUCCCAUUCAGAGCUUAACGGGCGCGUUUUGGCUGUGGAAAGCUCUCUUGUUUAUUGCCAUUACUGCCUGUCCGGGCCCAGGCUAUGAUACCUCCACUACAUUGAUAUCCUAUGAGGGUGCUGAUCUCACCACUUCGCUCCCGUGGCCAUUGAGACUGGCUCGGUGGGACUCCAUCUAUUUCCUUCACACCGCAGAGCACGGUUAUGUCUUUGAACAAGAAUGGGCCUUUGGAUACCCUAGAGUGCUGGGUUUCUUUGUUUCUGGACUUCACAAAUCUGGCGGGCUAGGGGGCCCCGUUCCGAUUGCCUUAAUAGCAGUAGUGUUAUCCCACGUUGCCCACUAUUUUUCUGUUCUGGCUCUCUAUCGACUUUCGGCCAAUAUUUUUGGUGAGAAGACGGUCACCCAGAGAUUAAUCUGUUUCUUGUCCGCUGCGCUCCACAUCAUCUGCCCGGCGGGUGCUUUCCUCUCUGCCCCGUAUGGAGAGUCGAUCUUUUCGUUUCUCAAUAUUUCAGGGUUCUACCUGUACUCUGGAUCUCUCAUCUCCGAGCGUCAUGGUGUGACGGUUUUGCGAGACCUGCAGGUACUCACUGCCGGAGUUCUUUUUGCCAUUGCCACGAUGGUCCGCAGUAAUGGCAUCCUGAGCGGGUUCUUGUUCGCAUAUGACGCUAUCCUCUUAAUAUGGGCAGGCUUGACUCAGGGUCUGUCCUCCCUCAGUAUUCGUCGACUUAUCGUCAUUGGAGUGGGUGGUGGCACUGUGGCACUUGGGAUGCUUGUGCCUCAGUUUCUAGCCUACCGGACCUACUGCCUGACCGACCUAGAUCGAGAAUGGUGUAGCUGGACACUACCCAGUAUCUAUACUUGGGUCCAGAGCUACUACUGGAAUUGUGGAUUUCUGCGGUACUGGACCGUCUCGAAUAUUCCUCUCUUCCUACUCGCUGCACCGAUGCUAUUUAUCAUGGGCAAGUCAUCUGCAUGGGCCCUUCGAGCGCCCUCUACUUUGCGCUCCCGGUCUGGUAACCAGGCAUCUUCACCUCUUAGCCCGGGCUCUAUGCUCUUCCGCUUGGCGGUGCCCCAGGGUUUACUGGCGGUCAUGGCUAUGACGAGUUACCACGUUCAGAUCGUCAAUCGGAUCUCGUCGGGGUACCCUGUAUGGUAUUGGUAUCUUGUAUCGAUCGGGAUGGAAUGCCUCCAAGAUUCCCGCAAGAAUCACCGCAGUUUAGCGCUUUCCGCACAAGCCAUGGUGGUCUAUGCACUGAUUCAGGGGGUCCUAUAUGGUUCUUUCUUACCGCCGGCGUAA